UGGAGCUCAGUUCCAAUCAGCAGCCGUCAGCCUAGGAUGGGCAGCUUGAGCGAGCCCUUCCUCUUCACGGCCGGCCGCGUCACGCCGGAUGGCUUGCCGCUUGCGCGCCCCAGCGCCGCCCACCCACCCCAACCGGCCGAGACCAGAGUCUUGAGGCAGAGACUGAGAGACCUCGUCUAGUCUCCAACAACCGAGCUCGAUCCUGUCUGCCACUGCUGGCUGCUGCCAGCCCCACCGGCCGCUCGCCCGUCCCCCUCGCUGCCAAUCAACCGCCACUCCCAACUCUAAUCCGCCUCCGCUCCUUAUUAACCGGAGCCCAAUCUUGCGGCGCGCCCACUCCAUCAGUCCAUCACACCAGCGUCCAAGCCGGGUGGCCGCCGCGCGCUCCGCCCCCAUCCGCCGGCAGCCGGCUCCCACUCCGCACUGCCACCACGCCCACCAACUCAUCUCACUCCACCCAACGGAUCAGGUACGCAACCAUUUCGCCGCGCGCUCUGAACUCCUUCACAGGCCACUAGCCAUGGCCGUCGUCCUCGCGCUCGUUCUCGCGCUCCUGGCGGCUCCGCCGCCGGCGCACGCGGCGGGGGGCGGGCGGUGCGCGGGCGAGUCCUUCUCGGCGAACCGUGCGUACGCGGCGUGCAGCGACCUGCCCCGCCUCGGCGCGUCCGUGCACUGGACCUACGACCGCGCGUCGGGGGACCUGUCCGUGGCCUUCGUCGCCGCGCCCGCCGCGCCCGGCGGCUGGGUGGCGUGGGCGCUCAACCCGUCGGGCGACGGCAUGCCGGGCGCGCAGGCGCUCGUCGCGGGCCCGUUCCCCGACGGCGGUGGGGGCGCCGCGCCUGCGUGGUCCGUCCGCACGUACAACGUCUCCGGGUACGCGCUCGGGGACCCCGGGCCCAUCGCAUUCCCGGCGUCCGACCUCGCCGCCGAGCUCGGCGCGGACGGGCGCGCCAGGCUCUACGGGAGGCUCAAGCUGGGACCCUACGGCGCGGGCGUGCUGAACCAGGUGUGGCAGGUCGGCGCCGCCGUCACCGGCGGGGCCCCCGCGCCGCACGCCAUGGGGGCGGACAACCUCGCCGCCAAGGCCAAGCUGGACCUGCUCAGGUCCACCGCCGCCGCCGCCGGAGCCGACAGCGCCACCCGGAAGCGCAAUAUCCACGGAGUCCUGAACGCCGUGAGCUGGGGCGUGCUGCUGCCGACGGGCGCCAUCUUCGCGAGGUACCUCAAGACGUUCAAGUCGGCGGACCCCGCGUGGUUCUACCUCCACGUCACCUGCCAGCUGGUCGGCUACGGCGUCGGCGUCUCCGGCUGGGCCACCGGCAUCAACCUCGGCAAGGAGUCCAAGGGCGUCACCUACACCGACCACCGCAACAUCGGCAUCGCCGUCUUUGCGCUCGGCACCCUUCAAGUCCUUGCGCUGUUCCUGCGGCCGAAGAAGGAGCACAAGUACCGCGCGUACUGGAACAUGUACCACCACUCGGUGGGGUACACGGUGAUCGUGCUGGGCGUCGUCAACAUCUUCAAGGGCAUGGGCAUCCUGGGCGUGGAGCAGCGGUGGAGGACCGCCUACAUCGCCGCCGUCUGCGUGCUGGCCGUCGCCGCCGCGGCGCUGGAGGCCGUCACCUGGGGCGUCGUCGUCCGCCGGCGCAAGGCCGAGGGCAAGACCUUCAGCAGCGCCCCCGCCAACGGCCACCUGCCGCGCUGAUCGAUCGCCCCGUGUGACAAUGCUCAGGCACCUGCUUCUUCCAUCGUCAGUGGCGUGCAACUACGGGCAGUAUAGGUCGGUAGGCGUAGAGAGAUCCCGUGAUUUUGGCCUGCCUGUAUGCCUGUUUUUUUUGUACGGUUUGUAUAUGUCUGCAUCGUGCUGAAGUUUGUAUUUUCAGCUGUAGAAUGAGCAUUUGUAUUGUACAAAUUUGUUUUGUUUUUGUGGUGUGUAUUCUUGUCUUUCCAGCA